CGCACACACACACACACACACUCACUCACACACACACACACGAGCAUCCCGCAUGCCGUGGACACGCACUGUUUAUGAUCCGUAUUGGACUCAGUCAGUUCCCCCUCUUGAGCUCACUGUGGUUCAUUCCAGCGUCUCUCUGUAUCCUCCGCGCGAGCCGUGUUUCUGCUGUCAUCACCGCUGAGCACGCGGCUCCAUCACUCCGCUGGCACGAGCCGCAAAGUGAAUUUCGAUGGAGAGAUUAAGAGCGAGCAGAGACCGUCUCGUGCUGGACUGCUUUGUACCGGGGAAUGCAUGACCAAUCUGCAGAACGUGUGCCUGAAUUAUAUUGGCCCUGGGCUGAGGGACCGUGAGCAACCACCAUGGCAUAUCCGAACACCAGCAUCCUGACAGCCAACCUCAGCGGAGCUCUUGACAGCUAUGACUCAGGGGGGAACAUCUACCGGCCCUUUUCUGUUUUCAGCGUGCUCACCCUGACUCUACUGGCGAUGCUGGUAGUGGCCACAUUUGUGUGGAACUUACUGGUACUGGUGACCAUUUUAAGGGUGAGGACCUUCCACCGGGUGCCCCACAACCUUGUGGCUUCCAUGGCGAUCUCAGACGUGAUGGUUGCCGCUCUAGUCAUGCCGCUAAGCCUCGUACACGAGCUGAACGGCAGGUUGUGGAAACUGGGCCGCGUGCUGUGCCAGGUGUGGAUCUCUUUCGAUGUGCUCUGCUGCACGGCUAGCAUCUGGAAUGUGACGGCCAUCGCGCUGGACCGCUACUGGUCGAUCACUAGACACCUGCAGUACACACUCAAGACACGCAAAAAGAUCUCCAAUGUGAUGAUAGCACUCACGUGGCUGCUGUCGUCCAUCAUCUCACUGUCACCUCUCUUCGGGUGGGGUGAGACCUACUCAGAAGGGAUGAAGUGCCAGGUGAGCCAGGAGCUGUCCUACACCAUCUUCUCCACCUUUGGAGCGUUUUACCUGCCGCUGUGUGUGGUGCUGUUUGUUUACUGGAAGAUCUACAAAGCUGCCAAGUUUCGGAUAGGAUCACGCAAGACCAACACAAUAACGCCGAUGGCUGAGGUGAAGGAGGAAACACAACAGCCGCAGAUGGUGUUUACUGUGCGCCACGCCACCGUGACCUUCCAGACGGACGGGGACACAUGGCGUGAGCAGAAGGAGAAAAAGGCAGCGCUGAUGGUCGGCAUUCUGAUCGGCGUGUUCGUACUUUGCUGGAUUCCCUUCUUCAUCACCGAGCUCAUCGUUCCGCUGUGCUCCUGCGACAUCCCGCCCAUCUGGAAGAGCCUCUUUUUGUGGCUGGGCUACUCCAACUCCUUCUUUAACCCACUCAUAUACACCGCCUUUAAUAAGAACUACAACAACGCCCUGAGGAAUCUCUUCUCCCGGCAGCGCUGAGCCACUCUGCACACUCAGCAGACACACUACACCAGCACACACUCCCUCAGACAGAAAGGGACUAACCUCAGACUAACAGACUAACCUGUCUAUUUUUAUCAUUCCAUCAAAUUCAGAGAGAUGAUAACGGGAAACUAUGUCUUUCAAACUGUGUUCUCUCUGUUUAUGCUUCAUUUUAUGUGUUAUCAUUCUGAGGUAACCUCACAGCUGGACUGAGAUGGCUGUCUGAACGCGAAUUUCUACAAAUAGUGAGGACUAAAUUAGCUGUGCUGUUGCAGCAGCACAUAAAGUUAUGUCUGUAUGUUGGUCUAUUUCAGACUUAUUAGUGUGAAGGCAUUUACACUCUCUUGUAAACAGUUUCAUCAUCAUAUGAGAGGCUGUUGGGAAUAGGUUCAUAGUAAGGCUGGAAGAAAAAAACCUCAUUAAUCACAAAGCAAAACAAAACUGUGGAUUCUUAACCAGAGAGCAAAAUGCUCAACAUUGUAGAUAAUAAUUCAAGCUAAGAACAGAAUAUAUCUCUAAAAAGAAGUCUUCAAAACCUUUCAGUGCAGGGAUAAAAUAUGUAGUGACUGCUAAGUUGUAGAAAUGUACCCAUCUUUUCUUGAAGUGUAUUUGUACACAUUUCUGGAUAAAUGUACAAUCUCUCCUCUGAUGCUGGCUACCCAGUUCAUCCUCUUUGACCUCCCAUGUCUUUUAGCAAGAACCAGGGAAUGACAAUAAAACUGCAGCCAUAGAUGAUCAAAUGCAACUCUAGAUAAAUACCAUGCGAUACAGGAAGUAUGUGAACUGGCAUAAAGCCGUUAUCACAACAGCUCUGUCACAGGAUAAAUCAGCAGGAAUUCAAUUGUUGAAAAAAAAAUAAUACACACAUGUUGCUUAAUUGUAUAGGGAAGCUAACUCUAAGUGCAUGUUUUUAAGUAUGACUCAUAGAGUUACAUUACUGUAGGAGGGUAAUGGGAGUACAAAAAAAGCUAUUAUAAACCAAAUACCCACAAAUGUCCCUAAUAGGCUCAGCACACUGCCUCAGUUGGUAUAAUGAUGCUCUCCAACUGUGGCUCUUUAUCAUCUUUUACAAAACGUCUCCGAGACCUGCACAAAUUGCCACUUUCUUCUGAUGCUGAACAACUUUGUAGAAUCAGUGAGUCUUAAUUUAUAGUGUAAUAUAAUAUAAAGUGAGGACAUAAGCAUGAUAAAUUGUUCCUGAGCUAACAAUGAGCUGUAGUUUUUUAGUACGAUCACUUAGAGAGAAAGAUUAUGUGUGUUUGUUCACUGGUUUUAACGCUGCUGUUCAGUGAAAACAAUGUGUCUCUGGAUUAGGAGAUUUAAAGUCUUGUAAUAACCUCAAGGAUUAAGGGUUAAGGGUUAGCUAAAUCAAAACUAUUUAAGAGGACUCUAGUACCUAAGUUAGCUUGCUACCGCUGCUGAUGUGCCGAUGCUAAGCAGGUUCAUGUUUGCAUGGACCUUCUUAGCUUAAUGCGCAUGCAUGCUCACAUCUGCUACUUAGGAUUUGGCAGGUGAGAAAAGUUUUUUUCAAUUCAGGUAAAAACAAAAAAAAACAAAAAAAUUGAAGUUACAUGAUGGUGCUUUAAAUUCAGGGGUUCAACAAGUACAAAUCAUCCUCUGGGGAACAUGAAUGUAUGAUUUUCACUUGAAGACAAAAAUGUCACACUGUUAGUGGGUCAGGGGGAAAUACCUAAGCUGAUGUUUUACAAAAGUUAUCUUGGGGACUAAACCCAGACUCAGAGUCGUCUAUGUCGUCUAUGACUCAUGCACGUGAACACCGGGGGUUCAAGACAUGACUUAGACUUGAUUCGGUGACAACACUGCUCUGGGGACUUUAGAUGCUAAGUAAUAGUAGUGCCAUUCUUUUAUACUGUCUUAUAAUUAAAUUGAUGGGUAUUUCACAGGUUAAAUGAAAACUCUGACCUUUAUGUUAAGUCAGGGUAAUACCAGCACCAUAUGGUUGCAUCCAUUAGGCUGUAUGGAUAUCACAGUUAAAGCUGCUGUUGGUAGGAAUUGUGUAAAAAACUUAACUUUUUUUCUGCUGGGUUUGGAGAAAAGGUCAUAAUGGUACUCAUCGGUAAGUGGAGUAAAUAAUAGAGACUCUGCGUUCCUUAUGUGUGUUGUACUGCUGUAAACAGGAGUUUUAGCUCUUGAACCACUGUUGCUUAAGGGACACAUUGUUUUCAUAUGACAUCCGCUCUAUGAUUAUAAAGAAGUCUUUGAAAAAAACUUUAUAAUAUAAGAAAAAUAUAAUUUUUUCUACACAUUUUUUUGUAUACGAUGUCAGACAAAAACCUGCAAGACAAUAGCAAUGUACAGUGUGGAUAUUAAUUCAGGCUUAUUUAUUAUUUAUACAGUAUCUACCUGACCUCAGCCUUUUACUUUGAUUUGUACUUUUAAUGAUGUUCACUGUAUCUCAAACACACACAGACUUCAGAUGAAAUGGCUUAUAAGUAAGAAUGAUUUAUAAUGUAUCAUUUUACACAUUAAAUGAAUAGCUUCAAUGGUUAAAAAAAAAAAGGGAAAUGAUUUAAACUAUAGUACAUAUAAAGUUGAACAGUGUAAUACAUUAAAAGAUGAAGAAUCAUAAAUAUACAUGAAAAGAAAAUGAGCCCGCUUAUUGUAAGGGUGAGAUCCGUGCUGUGGUGAUUAAAUAAAUGCAUGAGAUAGACCGAGACAGUAAUCAUCAUUAUUAAAUUCUUCCAGAUAUGAUAAAAAAAGAAACAAGAGACAGUGCUGGUGAAGCUGUCCACUCCCUCUUAGCUCUUCUUUCAUGUUUUCCUCAUAUGACUUGCUGGUGGACUUGAGCCUGUGGUGUUCUGCAGGAGUCAGAUAUUUAAAUUACCUCUCACUGCCCUCCAGAUUGCCCGAGGACGGUUCAUUAUUCACCCUUUGCCCCUCUCAGUUCUUGUUCUGUGUGAUGACCCAGCUCAGGUAAAGCAAAGUGUUGCGGAAAUGUGUUGUUUACAAUUCAUCCCUGUUCUCAUUAUUCAUGUUCAAAGUAGGGGAAAAAAUGGGCAAUUACCUCGUUCUUAGAAACCCAUUUGAGUAUUCAAACCUAAAAAACAAACAUGAAAGUAGUGGAUUUUUGGGGGGAUGGUUCAUCAUGUGUAAUUGUGUCUGUGUUUUUUCAAUGUGUGCAUGUUUUUCUCCUACAGAAGCCUUGGAUAAUAAAAUGACAAUAAACUAUUGCUUAAUUUGUGUUACACAG